AUGUCGAGGCCACCUCAGCUCCACCGCCCAGCCAGCAGUCCCAUUCGCCAGAAACUCAAUUUCAGGCACAUGAGAUCUCCGUCGGCCAUAUCCAAUUCCACAGGGUACCCGUCCUGCCCCACCGCUACACCUCUCUCAAGAAAUCCCUGCCUCGAGAUCUACACCCCGAUCUACGAAGAGAUGAAGAUCGACAUCCGUGUGAAGCUCAAGGCUCGUAGGGUUGAGGUGAAAACCCAGACCGACACCCCUAUCCUUGAUCUUGAGCUCACUUGCUGCGAAAGUGUAUUCAAAGCUGAGAGCAGUGUGAACACUCCGUGCCGAGAGAUGCACUCUACUGUCAAGGCUCCAGUCGAGUCACAUACAGUCACCCAACAUGAUGGCUUCAAUCUCUUGUUGAGACUAGCGUUCUUUUGGCGUUCUUUUGGGCUGAUCAGAAGCCUUUCCCCCAACUGA